AUGGCACUGGACUCGAAACGCUCACUAGGCAUGAUGAAGCUACGCGGUUACGACUUUUACCGCGCCAUUGGAUCACCGAAACGAAUUGUUGCACCAAUGGUGGACCAGUCAGAGCUAGCGUUUCGCAUGUUGUGCCGCAAGCUCGGCGCUGAUUGCUGCUACACGCCCAUGCUUCAUAGUCGUCUAUUUGUUGAGAGUGCCGAAUACCGCGAGAAAAUGUUUGAACACCACAUUGAAGACCGACCACUUAUUGUACAGUUUUGCGGCAACGAUCCAAAAACAGUAUUAAAAGCAGCAAAAUUGGUCGAGAAUUAUUGCGAUGCGGUGGACCUCAACUUAGGCUGUCCACAAGGAAUUGCUCGUAAAGGUCACUACGGAUCGUUUUUAAUGCAUGACAAAGACACGGUCCAAGCAAUAAUAGAGACACUUUCGGCAGAACUUUGCAUUCCCGUGACUGUCAAGAUUCGUGUGUUUCCAGACAAUAACGAGACAUUAGAAUUUGUCGACAUGUUACAAAAAGCUGGAUGUGAUCUACUUACGGUUCAUGGUCGUACAAAGGAGAUGAAUAAGACGUCGGUGCGUGAGGUAGAUUGGGACAUUAUACGACGCAUUAAAGAGAGAUUGACAAUUCCAGUCAUUGCAAACGGAGGUAUUGAAACUUAUUCGGACAUUGCUCGCUGUCUUGAAGCUACCGGUUGUGACGGUGUCAUGAGUUCUGAAGCAAUUUUAGAGAAUCCAGCACUUUUUGCUGAUUCGUACAACAAAGAAGACGUUCAUCCGUUCUUCGUCCAAUUAGCUAGACGUUACCUUGAGUGUGUGACAUUGUAUCCACCUGCAAGUGACAAAAUUGUCCGUGCACAUCUCUUUAAGAUAUUAUUUCAAGAUUUGUGCGUACAUUCGGACUUGCGAGAAGCACUUGCAGCUGCUAAGUCACAAAAUGAAAUGGUGGCGAUUGUUGAUGAGCUGACUGUACGAUUGAAGCAGAAAAAGCAAGAGAGCGUGAUGUACUCAGCUGAAUUGAGUUGGUAUCGUCGCCAUCGACAAGGUCAAAAUAAAAGUAGACGUCAAGAAUCGUACGAAAAGUGUCUGGAUACAGGAUUCGGCAACUUAUUUUCGUCGAAUACGGAUUGA